ACAAUGAAUUCCAUAAAAAUAAAGGAAAGGUGGUUGAAUUUGAAGAAUAAUGCCGUUCAUCACUUGAACCAUGAGAAAAGAAAGCUGAGCCAGUCCACCGCGCGCAUGGCCUCCGUGUGGAAGCGGCUCCAGCGCGUGAACAAGCGCGCCGCCAAGUUCGAGUACACCGCCUCCUACCACCGCGUGGACCUCGACACCUCGCCCAAAUGGAAACCAAACAAACUGUCGAUCGUGUGGACGCGCCGCUCGCGGCGGGUCGUCACGGAUCCGGUCCAAUGGGAGCCAUCUUUGAAGGAUCCACUCAAAGGCAGCGUUAUGUUUGGGGUCCCGGAGAAUCGUUCGGUGGCGGUGACCCUCUUCAAAGAUGCUCGCACGAACGAGCUAGAAGAUAAGGACUGGACCUUCGUGCUAGAAGAUGUCUCUCCGACAGGAAAGCGCCGUCGACUCGCGGUAUGCGCCAUCAACAUGCGGAAAUACGCCUCCCUAGAACCUUCCCAACGGGCCUUAGUUCUAACCCUAGAACCGACGACACAAAAGAUCCAGUCAGCAUCAUUGCAUCUCACUUUACACUGUGUGCUGCUACGGGAGGGACAGGCUACGGAUGAGGACAUGCAAUCCCUUGCUUCGCUUCUUUCUGUCAACAACAAUUCGGAUAUAGCGGUGCUAGAAGAUUUAGACGAAGAUGAUUACACACUUUCUGAUAACUCCACAAGACAGAUGUCCGAUCUCCGUCAGCAGAUGGAAGAGAUGACCCAAAGUCUCACCAACAGCGACAUGGCCACGCCCAACAGUGUCCAAAGCCUCCGCUUCGACGAACGCACCCCCACCACCCCAACCUCCUCUCUCACCGACCAAACCCCUACUAACGACUUAAAAAUAUCAGAAACCCUAAAAAAACCCGACUUCCUAACUAAAACUUUAAAAAUCGAACCCAAAAUGACUUCAACUCCCAAACCGACCACGCCGCAAGAAAGUUUUAAAAGCGUAGUCUUCAAGCCGAAGAUGGUGUCGAGAUUGAACCUUAAGCCGUUGGAUUUAAAGUCCAAUUUCAAUAGUAUAGGGCUGGAUAGGAAUGAUAAUGAGGAUGAUGAGAAAACGCCGACGGGCGAGGAAAAGAUUGGGAGGAUUGAUAAGGACAAAACUCCGGUACAAGACUUACUAGAAUGGUGUCAGAUGGUGACAGCGGAAUACAAACAGUGUCGGGUGACCAACCUGACCACCAGCUUCCGGUCCGGACUCGCGUUCUGCGCCAUCAUCCACCGCUUCCGGCCUGAUCUCAUUGACUUCUCUGGCCUACAACCUGAUGAAAGUGAACAAAAUCUUCGAGUAGCUUUAGAAGCCAGCGCUACGCUCGGAAUCUCGCAAGUUUUGUCAGCGGCUGACGUGUGCAAAAGCAAACCUGAUAGGCUAGCGAUAAUGACGUACCUUUUCCAACUUCGGGCGCAUUUCACUGGCAACGAGUUACAAGUAGAACAAUUAGGCAACGAUGAAACAGAGUCGUCAUAUCUAGUCGGUCGACACGACACGGACGGGUCGCUACCACGAGAUCUGUUCAGUAGAGAAAUUAGUACGAGAAGAUCUAAGAAUAUGGAAAACCGACCGAGACCUGGGUCACAAGUAUCACAGGAUUCGCAAGUAUCGGUUCCAUCUCGACAUUCGCAAGAACGGUACACCCCUGAUAAGCCAGCGCCAUCUAUCACAUCCCCCGUGCAACGCCCGCGCCUCAUGACGCGCAAGGAGCUCACGGACCCGUUCGGCUCCGACGAGGAAGAAGAUGUCUUCCCACCUGUUCCCACCACCGCCACGCUUACUAUCAACACCACCAGGCUUACUGACGUUACUAUCAACACCUUCACCAGGCUUACUGAUGAAACCCCAGAGAAACCAAAAAUAGAACCCGCAACAACGGACCCGCUACAGAUCACAGAGAAGCCAGAAACAGAGAAGCCACUCGUAAAAGAAACUACGCCAGACCUACCAAAACCCACGCCGCAAUUGUUGUCGCGUCACGAUGAGCUUAAAGAGCGAGCGAGACAGCUGCUCGAGGCUACGAAGAGAGAGGCGAGAGCGAAAGAGAAGAAACGACAGGAGUUGAAGGAGAAAGAUGAAAAGGAACAAGUUAAUGGGAUUAGGAAUGGAGAUUUGAGUCCAACGAAGCCAAUGACAGAAGAGGAGAGACAACAAAUGCUACGAGAGCGAGCGAGAAAGCUGAUAGCCAACGCGAGAGCUGGUAUUGUUAGUCCAACAUCACCAACCGGCUCAGUUCGGUCACCGCGAGGCACCGUGGAGAUCAUUAGCAAGCAAUCCGUCAUGGACGAAAUCGCUGCAGAUUUACUAAUGUUCAAUGGCACAGUUGGUGGCGUAGAGCAACUAGAAGCGAUGCUGUCUCAGAGCUCACACUCCAGUCCUGGCUCCAGAAAGAGUGCCAGUCCGGAUCGGUCAGAGGGUUCCGUGGGAUCUCGAGGCCGCUCGCCGCUACCGCUAGCGGCGUUACUUGACAAUGCGAAUGCCGAAGAGGGCCGAGAAACGGGAUCUUACAUUCAAAGCGAGCUAGAAGCGUUAGAAAGGGAGCAAAGCGCCAUCGACGAGAGAGCAGCCGCUUUGGAAAAACAACUGCGAUGUGUGAUGCAGAGCGCAGACAAUACAGAGGAAGAGGACAGACUGAUGUCUCAGUGGUUCAAUCUCGUGAAUAAGAAAAACGCUUUACUGAGGCGGCAGAUGCAACUUAACAUUCUUGAACAGGAAGAGGAUCUCAGCAGGCGAUGUGAGUUACUGGCGAGAGAGCUGCGGCUCAGUUUAGGCGUCGAGGAGUGGAGGAAGACGGACGGACAGAAGCGGCGGGAGCGGCUCUUGUUACAGGAGCUACUGUCUGCUGUCAACGAGCGAGACAGGCUGGUGCAAGAGAUGGACGAGCAGGAGAAAGCGAUAGCGAACGACGACGAAAUAGAACGAAACCUAUCCCAGGUGGAGAUCCAGCGGAAAAACAACUGUAUCUUACAGUAAAUUAAGCCCAAUAUCGCUUGAAUUGUACACAGUGACUUAAUACUUUUAUAGCGGUUCUAAACCGCGCUAGGUCCAUUUUAAUAUAUUCAUUUUACAGUCAAAGUCUCAUAUAUCUGGACAUUGUGACAAAUACGUGAUUCGUUUAGAUAUUUUUGUCCGUUCAGGCACGUUUAUAUGUUUAUGACUGACAGUAAAUUAUCGAUAAACGAUACGAUAUUUGACAAAAUACAGACUC